CGUUUGCGCGCGAGCAGACGACGCUGAAUUGGUGAUGCUGUGGGCAAGGAAGGGCUCAGGGCAGCUUUUUCUCACAUUUCUCACUCCUCUCCAUCUACUCCUCCCAGUCUAUCGGGGUGUGGCGUCCAAUAACCCUCAGUGAAGUGGAAAAGUGGUGUAAGGCGGCCCUGUGAAGGCGUGAUCCUAUCCAAACACUAGGAAAAUGGCCAGAGCACUCUUAGGGGUCUGAGAGGAAUACAUCUAUAGAGGGAAGGAGGACCACAGGAGAGUACAGACUGGAAAAUAAGAUAAUUAGAGAAACAUUUUAAACCGAAGUGGGAGUGAGUGUGAUAGUGCUGAGUAGUGGAGUGCUUUUGUGAGUGUGUGGAUGGGUGGCGGUGGCGGCGGAGAAGGCGGCUGUGGUGUGGAGAAAAUCUUGUGGUGAUGGGGCCCUCCACCUCCACCACGACCAUGCCAGGAAGAACCGCCGAGCCGCAGCGUAGAUGAGGCCAGAGUGGGAUGGGCGUGAGAGUGUCAUGGUGGGCCGUGGGUGUGGUGGUGGUGGUGGGCGCCUAGCACCGCCCUCCACCCCCCGCCCAGGCUGCCGUCCGGCCCCCCCACGCCGCGCCCCGCCCCCCGCCGCCCGCCCCGCGAGUGCCAUGGUGCAGGCCAACGAGGAAGUGAUGUGCGACUCUCGCCCCUCCACCAGCGGCUCGGGUCCCUACGUGCACAGCAAGGCGUCGGCCCUCAACACUAGGUGGCCGGGGGGCGCUCGACCAAAGAUCUUCAACCACAGGUCCUUCAGCUCGGGCUCCAGACCCUCCGUGCUCUCCAGGGCGUCGGGCUCCCUCCGCUCUGUGUCCCGGCCUGGCUCCCGCGCCGGCUCAGGCCUCGGCUCCCGCGGCUCGCUGCUCUCUGGCUCGGUGGGCACAGCGGAGGAGGUGGGUUCAGGGGUGUCUCGCCUGCGUCGGGAGCUGCCCUCCAUCUCGGACAUCUGCGGCUACGACGAGGUGCAGGAGCUGCUGCGGGACAUCGAGCAGCUGGAGUGUCGCCGCUGGACCUCCGACUGGGACUCCUUCACCAUCCAGUCGUCGCACGCUGACCUCGACUUCCCGCACGACCGAGACUUCUUCCCGCCGGACCUCGACACCCUCUCCCGCUGCGACUCCCGCCUCUCCUGGGACUCCCACGCCGGCCGUCACCCCGACGACGAGGACGACGACCCCCAUCCGAGCCCCGACUACUCCCCCGAGCCCCAGAGACGCCGCCCCACUCCCACCGUCACCCUCGCCUGGGACGACUCGCACCUCAAAACUUCCGUCGGGAUAUUCAGACUGCUACUGGUGGUGGUGUCUGUGAUCACAAUGACGUGCGCGUGUACGGUGGGCACGGCUCGUCUCAGCAUCUUCGUCCUCCCAGGGGCGUGGCGGCUCCGAGUGGUCGUGUUCACAGCCGUCUUCACCAUCCUCACCACCACCAUCCUCCUGCUCCUCCACCUGUCCUCCCUCGUCCACUCUCUCACGCUCCGCUGGGACAAGCUGGUAACAGUGAUCUACGUGGCGGUGUGCGUGUGCUACCUGGUGUCCGCGUCGCUGCUGCUGCACCUGCUUCACUUGUACCACACCACCUACCCGUGGAUCCCCGCCUGGACUAAGCAGCAGCUCCUCACCACCUCGAUGUGUCCUUUGCGGCCGCACAGGGUAAGUGGUACGCACCCACACACUCAUGCUCGCUUCCUUCCCUCCCUCCCUCCCAUAACACUUUUUUGGACAAGAGCCACCCGUGUUUUUUGGGUGGGUUGGUGGUGUGUUUUGUCCCUGGUGCGUGAGUGCGUCUGCUGGGUGUCUGUGCGUGUGCGUGUCUUCCUACUACCCCUUUUUGGCAGUUUUUUGUGUAGGUGCAGUAACGUGUGUGCGCGGGUGUUGCAGCUGUGUGGCUGUGCAUGCGGGGUGGUGUCCCUGGUGCUGGCGGUGAUCUCGGGGUGUGGCUGGCCGCGAUACGGCCGGGUGCUCAGCGAAGGCUCCACCACGGACACCACGUCCUCCCACCACCUCCACACGCUCCACCACAUUAACCCCCACGCGCUGGCGGGGCCCGUGGCCGGCGCGCUGCCCACCCGGGGGCCGCGGCAGGGCUCGGGCACCUCGCUGGGCACGGGCGGCGGGGGGCAGGGGCCGCACGCCACCACCGCCUUCACGCCGGACAGCCUCAAUGAACCCCAGCCGGGCCCCUCCAAAGCCCUGCCGCACAACCACACGCCGGCCCGCCCCCAGGCCCUGCACGGCCUCACGCACCACCACGGGGUGUAGCGGGUGGUGUGUGCGUGUGCGUGUGCGUGCGUGUAUGUAUGUGUGUGUGCAGCGUGGCGGAGACCCGCGCCGGACAGCGGGGCCGCCCGGCAAUAUGCACGUUGCCCUGUGAUAGCGGCCACGGCCCUGAGGGAGAACGUUGCUUGUUGUUUUUCCAAGUUUUUAGAUGAACUUUGAGACUGGAGAUGUUAUCGCCCUUUUAAAUGAAUCUUGAUACAGAGAACUUUAACCUGUGUACAUAGCUAGACGACUAGUUUUUUAGGAUACUGUUUUUAUUAUUCCUAGGCCAUAAUGCUUCAUUUUUUACUAGUUGACUCCAUUUCUUCCAUGCAAAUAUUUAGAGCAUUGAGUGCCGCCAUCUUGUGACUUGGACUGCACGGUGUGUCGCUGUGUCGGCCAGCCAGCCUGGAAGCAAGACAUAUCCCCCUCACCCCCACCACCACAUCCCACCCCACCACCCGCAUCACCCCGCGCCCCCACUCACCCCUCAUCACCCCUCCAGCCUUCAUCCACACUCGUCACGUUUGUACUCACACUUUUAUAUUAUAUUGUUGUUGGAUUCGCGGUUCACGAUACGUUGGUUGGGCUGUCGCCGCGUGGGCCUCAGGGCGGGAUGGGGGUCGGCGCCCCGCGGGACUGGGAUGCCGCAGGGACGGUUUGGGGAAUCCUGGGGGACCUUGGACAGACUGGGAUCCCCCCUAGGAACACCUUAUGGACACGCCUCGCUCUCCUGACGGUGUGUGUGUGUGUGUGUGUGUGUGUGUGAGAGAGAGAGAGAGAGAGAGAGAGAGAGAGAGAGCGUGUGUAAAACAGACAAACUGACAGAUGUACAGACAGACAGAGACAAUCAGACAGACAUACGAGCAGAAAAGUGAGAGAGAGAGAGAGAGAGAGAGAGAGAGAGAGAGAGAGAGAGAGAGAGAGAGAGAGACGGAACCAGCUUUCAUUCAUUCUAAAAGCGUUGCAAUAAAACAAGAAAACCAAGCGUGUAUACAAACAUCGUAUAUAAAAAAAGCACUUUAAAACACCACUUGGGAGCGACGAUAGGAAGGCGGGAGACGAAGAAAGGAAAAAAAAAAAAAGAAAAAACUUUCGACUUGACUUUAAACUUGAAAACUUGAGGCGAAUCGAUGACUUAAGGAGAGCAAAACCCAACUUGGCCUUAAUCCCUGAAGCGGCAGACGAGAAUUGAAUAAAAAACAAGUAAACUAGACUAUUUCUCACUGACAUGCACUUUGGAACGUGGAUGCAGGGACAAGGUAAGGCGGAGACGGAACAGUGCUGGGCGGGGCGUGUCCACAAGGCUCCGCGAACCCUACACACGGGGCGCAGCGCUAAGCCGGGGUGCCGCAAGGGGAGAUCAGAGUCACCAGGGCCACACCACCACCACCACCACUAGUCCUGGGGCAUUUGGUGUACUGUACCCAAGUCUUUCGGUCCUUUAAGACAUCCGGUACUCAGGUCAUUUCGUACGUACCCUCUCAGGCGUCUGGUAACCCCCCCCCCAACCUCCCGGGACGUAUACGACCGCGCGCGUAUAGCAGUACCCGUGAUGACCGCCAGGGCGUCCCCCUCCGGCAGCCGUAUGUCAGCCAGCCACCGCAGCGCCUCUCCACCGCUGGGUAUCCUCCCGUCCAGCCCCACACACAUAUCCAGUGUCCACCCACUAGGCCGAGACCUGAUGGGUAACUGCCUACGAGGAUCUUGUUUUAUUUUAUCUAUUUAUUUUCUAACUACGAACGAUGAGUAUUUUUUUUUUUUUUUCGUACGAUUUUUUUUUCUGCGAAUGAUAUUUUUUUUCUUCUUUUUAAUUCCAUUUGAUUCUUUUUUGCGCGUAAUUAUUGUGUACGAUACUUUCUAAGCGUGUAGGAUACUUUUAUUUUCAAGUGCCGACAAUAAUGUUUUGGUUAUCGUUAAUAAAUCGUUAACUGCCUACGAUACUUUAUUAUUAUUAUUAUUAUUAUUAUUAUUAUUAUUAUUAUUAUUAUUAUUAUUAUUAUUAUUAUUAUUAUCAUUAUUAUUAUCAUUAUUAUCUUUCCCAUUCAUCGUUUACAAGUGUCAAGUUAUAUCUCGUGAACAAACAUGUACGUUACUCGUGGGGACUGUUUGCGAAGUCUGCGUACAACAAUAGUUUGCACUUCUCGCUAAGCAGUUACCGUACGUACGUUCCAGUUGGGGUGUUUGUAUGCUACUGGAACCCACUUUAUACAAUCUAGCGUGGUGAGUGUGGCGGCGGCGGUGUGGCCCUCUGGCGGCAGAAACUAGGGAACUGAGCGUGUUAUAUUAAUUCACUCAUUUAUGACUCCAAGAAAAAACCGAAAGGGAAAGAAACAAGAUGAAUAACAAAAAAUAAUUAAUGAUGACACAAGGCAGCCGACAACAGUAUAGCAAUUGUUUUUCUUAUUUAUUAUUUGAUUUAAGAAAAAACAACAAAAAAUUAAAUAUGGAGGUGAAAUCCUUACACAUAUAUUUAUUUUCCCCCCUCUCGAAUAGGGUUAGUUUGUAAUGUAUAGAUGGCAAAAAUACUACUACUAAUACUAAUACAAGUAGGUGAGUUAAGAAUUGCAAAGAUGUGUAGCGUUAGGUAAGCAGCCGAGGCACCGUUCACCAAUAAGUGUAUAAUGUUAUUGUUAUUAUUAUUAUUCACGCGACUUAACACAACACGGCCGGCGUCGAUUCAUUGAUGGGUCUCAUAAUAUCCGAGGUGGGUGUUUCUUAUCGGUCCUAUUUAUAUAGAGAGAGUAAUUUUCAUGAAGGGACUCAAUAGAAAAUGUUUGUUCCCUUUUGAUAAGUUUGUUCUAUUUGCCACUGCAUCUGUUCUGGAAAUUCAUAAAAGCGUGUGCAUUGGUUUCCGUCUUUUUGUGUUUGGCAGUGUGAGUUCAGGUUUUAAUGGUUGAACUGGGAGAAAAAUAAUUAGUUGCCGAAAAGAAAAUGAUAAUGAGGGAUAUGGAAAACUGAAAAUUGAAACGUAACUCAAAAUUUAAGGAUUGAUAUAUUACGUCCGGUUUUCUUACGAUAUUUUUUUUUUUUUCGGUUUUUGCUGCAGUGAGUAAAUUUUAGACUCAACACAGUUCUAUGAAUAUAUUAUGUGUAUUUUUUUUUUUUCCUAUUUUGUGUGAUUUUCUGCCACGAGAAGAAAGAAAAACAAAACAAAAAUACUAAUCUUGAAAAAAAUAUAUAUAUAUGUAUAUACACAAAAGUCUUACGAUGUAUUUUUGAACAAACAUAUAUUUUUGGCUGGCGUGGAUUUGGUAAUAAAAGAAAUGCUUUUGA